AUGGAUCAACAAGCUACACGGCCGGCUCAUAGCCGCUCGCCAUCCGCGGGGCAUCAGCAGCCUCAUAUAAUAAAUAGCCACUCGCCUUCGCCUCAUCCCUAUCAAUCUCCGGAAGCAUCCAUUGGCCUCGGCAUUGGUCUCGAGCCCUCGCCAACAAACCCCCAUUUCGCAACAAACGACUUCACCGACUACAGCGGUGCCAACGGCAGCAACCAUUACCUGGGCGCCUCACCGUCACAAGGCUUCCCUCAGCAGGGUAUCGCCGACACAACAUCCUUCAACCCGGCGCAAGACUUCGCGCAAACCCAAGGCGGGUUCACGCAAGACCUGCUGGGCGCAGACUUCAAUCCUAGCGGCGACUUCUCCCUGUUUCCGCCAUCUACCCAAGGCGACCAGUUCACCACUACUUCCCUGUUCGGCGAUAUAUCCCAGUCGAAUCCGCCGUCUCUCAACCCAAACGAUCUAACCAACAUGACUUCUCCGCAAACACAUCACUCCCCUACUCCGCCGCACCUCCUCAAGCCUGAACCUGGCUCCGCACACCAAUCGCCGUCCUUCAACCAACACCAGUUCUCGCCCUCGUCUGGCCACCACUCAAGGCAUGCGUCAUUGGGCCCAGAGGCUGCAUUGAUGCCAGGCCAGCUGGAUUGGAGUCAAGCUCAGUUCCAGGGACAUCGCAGAACACCAUCAGAGUACUCUGACGUGUCUUCGAAUGCUGCAUCCCCGAAUUUAAACGGUCACGACGGCUUCUCCGAACACGGCCACUCCCCAAUGCAACGACCUCAAGACGGCUUCUACGAUGGCAUUCUGGGAAUGAACAGCUUCAGCAUAUCGGACCCCAACCGUAAUAGCCGUAGCCCGUCGCAUAGCCCACACAUCUCCCCUCGGUUAAUUCCUCAACAAAUGCCCGAAGCCGGCCACCCAAACCCGAAUAUGAUGUUGAAUCCCGGGUAUCAGAGUGGUCCUGGUCUUGCGUACCCGAUGCAGGCGGAGCAGUUCCCUUCACUACCACAAGAAGGCAGUAUGGAUCAAUCAAUCAUGGCUCCUCCGUCGAUCAACAUCGACUUUGCUCCCAUGUCGAGGCAAAACACAUUUGAGCCAGCAAAACCAAGACUGGACCAAACUUCGCUGACUCCCCCUGAUAGAGGACGACCUCGGUCCCGACCUCGCGCGGUCACGGAUCCUUUUAACAGCGGCGGGGCUGUUCUUUCGCGACCUGGUACGCCGGGGGGUCUCUCUCCACAUCUGGGUGCUGACCUAGCCGACCGUAGCCGGUCGGGCUCCGAGUCAUCGUCAAGGUCUGGGUCGCUCUCCCCGGCGGACCGAUCUGGAAGUGCGAACGCUGCCUCGAGAAGGCGCCAAUCCAUGUCUUCUGUUCCAAACAAUGUGAUUGCGCUCCGACUGGCCGAUCCCGAGUAUCAGGCGGCUCAAGACAGCGGGAACACGAAACGGGUACAGAAACACCCGGCCACAUUUCAGUGUACUCUGUGUCCCAAAAGGUUCACACGCGCGUACAACUUGCGCUCUCACUUGCGCACCCACACGGAUGAGAGACCUUUCGUGUGUACAGUCUGCGGAAAAGCUUUCGCCAGGCAACAUGAUCGGAAACGUCAUGAGGGACUCCAUUCCGGAGAGAAGAAAUUUGUGUGCAAAGGAGAUCUCAAGGCCGGAGGGCAAUGGGGUUGCGGAAGGCGAUUCGCCCGAGCAGAUGCGUUAGGUCGCCAUUUCCGCUCCGAAGCAGGUCGGAUAUGCAUCAAAGCGCUAUUGGAUGAGGAGAUGCUCGAGCGUCAACGAAUCUGGCAGGAGCAACGGAUGCAAAGCAUGGCAGCUCAGAACAUGGCCCAGCACGCCGUCAUGGAUCCCAACAUGUAUCCCGCAAUGGAGCCCACUGGAUUCGGCUUGCCACAGGCCUUGCUAGCCCAAUACCCGGCACUAGCCCAGAUGAAUUGGAGUCAGAACGAUAUGGGUAACGUGGAAGAUGAUCCCAGCGGCCGUUCGAGUUUUGACGCAUCGGACUAUGACGAAGGCGACGACGGCGGCUACGUCAGCGGGCCUGGCACGGGUUUCGGUGACGGCGGGAUGCAACAGAAUUUCGGCGACACAAGCUACUCUAGUGAUUAUGGUGGUCGUUGA